GGACGACGCCGUUAUAAAGCUGUAAUCACUGAAGUCUAACUCAUGAUUAACACAUAUUCAUUAUAUCAACAUGGUUGUGAUAAGGGAGUCCGACCUUUCUGCUGAGGAUUUGGCCGAUGGCCUCAUGGAGUGGAUGUCGGACCAUGAUGACAGCAAAGAUGAAGAGGAGAUGGAAAGAUUAGCAUUAAUGGAACAUCCCAUUGAAUUGAGUACUAUAUUUCCAAAUACUAUUAUCGUCACUGGUCUUCCUUUAGUUACUCAGGAGAAGUACGAUAGGCUUAUGGAGAUUUUGAGAAAGAAGUUACUCAAGGAUUUUGAGAAGAAGGGAUAUAAUAUUGGGAAGGAUAUGAAGGUCGACAUGCCUUAUGAUGAGGAUGGUAACACUAGUGGUGUGGCAUUUUUAACAUUUGCAAAUCACAUGGAAGCUGUGAAAGCUCAGAAGCACAUUAACAUGUCCAAGUUUGAUGCAUCGCACACGUUGAAAUCAGCGCUAAUUGACGAUUUUGAGAGAAUAGUCAGUGAUGAGAAUAAGUGUAUGCCAGCUCUGAAUACUUUUGGAUUUACUAGAGAUGACCUUCGUACUUGGUUAUUUGACAGUGACCGUAUGUUAGAUCAAUUUGUGGUUAGAUACGGCGACCACACCGAAAUUAACUGGUUCGAUCCGCUUGAACGUGAACCCAUAUUAGUUUAUAAUGGUGAGCGCGAGCGAGCACAGGGUAAGAGGGUAUGGACCGACCAAAAGGUUGAAUGGAGUCGUAAUGGUUCAUAUCUUGUCUUUUACAGGCGACCUGGUAUUGCUUUAUAUGGUGGCCCUGAUUUUGAGUUAAAGGUGCGUUUUGAACACAGGAACGUUCAAAAGGUGUCAUUUUCACCUGAUGAAGAAUAUUUGCUUACUUGGGAUGGUACUAGUGAUUCUGACAAAUCAGAUAAUUCCGUUUGCAUAUGGCAUGUUAUAACUGGUGAAAAACUAUAUAGUUUCUCAUCACGUGAAAUUUCAACGAUGGGUACUGACGUUUUACGUUUCUUAUGGAACCAUAACGGGAAGUAUAUCGCAAGGCUCAACCCAUCGACGGACGGUAAUGAGAUUCUCGUAUAUCAGCUACCUGAGAUGGAGCUCAUACGAGAUGCCGAGGGUAAGCCAGCGCCUCUAAAGUACGCUGCUGAGAGAUUUGAUUGGUCUCCAACAGAUGACAUUCUUUCUGUACUUAUACCGGGGACUCUAGACACUCCAGCGCGUCUUGUAUUGAUUGAUAUUCCCAGUCGCCGUGAGUUGAGUGCUAGAAACGUUUACAAUGUUUGCCAAUCAUCAAUGCAUUGGCAUCCGAGGGGUGAAUGCUUCUGCCUCAUGACUACCAUAUAUAGGAAGACGGGUAAGAAGGGACGCAAGAACUUUUAUCAAUUAGAUCUAUUCCGACUGCGUGAAAAGUACAUUCCUGUGGACACUAUCAAGAUAGAGGAUGCCACUGUGAAAAACCUGUACUGGGAAGAGGGUGGAAACAAACGUUUCGCAUUGGUUGUUAAGGACGAGGAGAUGAGCAUGUGUUCGAUUAAAUUCUACCGUGUAUCUGAUGAAGGCACUGCUAGGGAUACUGUAUGCGUUGCCACUUAUGACCUUCAGUCACAGAUGAAUAAGAUUCUGUGGUCACCUACCGGUAACUAUUUCGUCCUAGGUUCACUGAGCGGGGAAGGAACACUUUUAUUUUGUAUGCUCAGUAACAAUGACAAGUUGGAAAUCUUGUACAAGGACGAGCACUUCAUGAUGAACGCGAUGAAGUGGAGCCCUUGCGGUCGUUAUUUGGCAACAAGCGUUUGUGUUCCCAUGCCAUCACAGAACCUUGUGCCGAGCACUGAUACCUUCAGAUACUCAGCUGAAGCUGGUUUCUGUAUAUGGACUUUCCAAGGAAGGAGAUUAUACAUGGCACGCCGUGAAAACUUUUACAGCUUUGAGUUCAGGCCUACGCCUCCACCUAUGUUGGAUAAGGCCGUGAUUGAGCACAUUAAGAAAAAUCUAGAUGAAUACAGUCGUAGAUACGACAUUGUUGAUGAGAAGGCUCGUGAAGAAUACGAAAAGCAGUAUAAGGCCAAACGCCAAGUUGCCGAAGAAGCAUUCAUUGCACUUGCGGCUAAACUCAUGGACUACCUAUCUAAGCAGGAACGCUUCAACGAUUUCAAACGUGGUUACGACGAAUUUUUCGACGAGAGUAAUUGGGAGGUGUCCUAUGACAUAUUCGAGGAGGUUCUUGAGGUCAAGGAGGAGAUCCUUGAUUAAUGGGCAAACUUUUGUAUUACCCAUUCAUCCAUAAACUUUUGUAGCCGAUGAGCUGGGGCU